GCUCGACUCAUCCCGGAUUGGCGGACGGCGGGACCACGGCGGCAGAAGGACUCUGCUCCAGCGGCGACGUCGGUGGACCUUCCCGGAUGGCAACGGCCGGCGGACCAUCGAGGAAGCCCUUCAGCGGGCCGUGGCUGGUAGCAGGCGGGGGCCUGCGGAAUACCGCCCGGUUCUGCUGGAGGGCUGAGGGGGAGGUGGGCACCUUCCCCGACCGGCUGGCCUUCAUCCGGGAGGUGGCCUUUGGAGCGUUGGGCCUUCAGAUGCAGGACAUCCUCUGCGUACAGCGGAAUGGGCCCUUCCGCUUCUUCGAGGUCACCUUGUCCACCGACGAGAGUUACACCAAGGUUCUGGAGCGGAGCAAGGAGGGGGCCCAGCACCCCCUCCUCGGACGUUACAACAUCGAGCCGCUGUGGUGGCCCGACAAGCAGCCUCCCUUCUGCCGGCAGUGCCACAGCUUUGGACACACCCUGGAGGGAUGCGCCAACCUGCGCUGCCGCAACUGCCUGGAGUCGGGGCACAUGGCCAGGGACUGCAAGGGCCCCCGUCGCUGCAUUCACUACAACGGCGAGGACCAUCUGGCUCGUUCCUGCCCACAGAAAAAGACUACAUAUGCCGACGCUCUGUCGGGUAACAGAGCAGUCGGCACGGAGAAUGGUGGGGGAGCUCUAGCCCCCACGACUGGGCAGGAACAGCCGGCGACGGGGGCAGGAGGAGAAGCCCUGGUCGAGGUGGAGGAGGCCCCGGCGAUGGUGACAUCCAUACAGGAGGGGUCUCCGAACAAGGUGGAGCAGCUCGCCCUGGCUCCAGGCGUCAGCAGCAGGCGAAAGAAGAGCGGUGCAUCCCCCCGGGGGAGGAAGAAGAGCAGAAGGGAGGCGCAACCCGACGCACCCAGCCCUCCGGCGGCCACCUUGCCAGCAGUGGCGGCCGGGGACCAAGGCCGACAGUGUCCCCCCUCCCCGAUGUUAGAGGCCCUCCCUUUCCUGAUGUACCCCCUGUGCUGCUGUUGGUUGAUUCUCAGUGUUAGUAGUUUGUGAGCCAUGCCUGCCAUGGACCCCAAAGGGGGGCCGUGCCUGUGGCGGGCUGGGAGUGGAAUUUCCCUGGGUCAUAGGGUUUUUGCCCUCCCUCCUAGGCUGGAUGGACAGGAUUGUGUGUGGGACUCCUUGGAGUCCCAAAGGGGGAAAUAUAUGGAAUAUUAUUUAGCACUAUAUAACAUAGAAUACAAGUAUUAUGAUAUUAUUAAAAAGUGUGUCAAAUAUCCAUGAUGUAAUCAUUACAAUAUAAACAUUGCUUUGUGUUGAUUACAAUAUAAUCAACUGAGUAUGUAUUUGCACCUUUUGUUAGUCUGAGAUUCUGUUAUCUACUUUAUGUUAGUCCUGAAUCUAUGAAUAUUCUUUUAUUAACGUAUAUUUUAUCACAAUGUUAAAGGAUAAAUAUAUUAUCAACCUUUUAGUCAGACAAUGUGUAAAAGGCUGAAACUGCCUAGGUUUACUACUGAAGGAAGGGAUUCGCCUGAGUUCACCCGAAGUUCACGGCUGAGCAUUUUUAAAAAACCAAGUGGAGCUGCUCGUGCCACCAUUAUGUUCAGCCGAGAGACCAAACGGUAAAAGAAAUGAUGGACAAACUUGUCACCUAGGGGUGUGGAUUAAGGGAAAAAACAAUUAUUGUGAAUGGCUGAAGGAAUGAUGAUGCUUAAGUGACAAGAUAUUGUUAAAUGAUAAGAACUUAUAAAAAUUGGUGUAAAACAGUACUGGACACACUUUUACGUGUCCAGCCUUGGUUGUAACUUUAUUGUUGCAAUAAAGACUGAAUUCUGGAUACUGCACAA